AUGGGCGAUUGCGCCGAACUUGCUAGCAGUCUCCGCAACCCGGUCAACAUUUACGCUCUAAGGGCCUUGAGCGGCCUCAUCGGUACGAAAGCGAAGGGCUCGGAGGCUCAACCCGAGCCUGCUGUCGAGCUGAUGCGGCAGAAGUUCGGGAAGGCGUACAACGUACAUAUCCCUUCAAGAUAUCUACUCUCGGCUAAGAUCUUCGCCAGGAUCCGUAAAGGCGAGCACCGGUGCGCGAGGACGAAUGCGGUUUCGCCCCAGUGA